AUGGACUUCAACAAAUACUUGACGAAGAUAGACACUGCAGAUGCAGUCUCAUCUCACAAUGGUGGUACCCUCAUUGUUGUUACUGGAUCGUUAACCACGGCUGAUGGCUUUUGCACAAACUUUACGCAGUCGUUCUUCCUUGCACCACAAGAAGGUGGCGGCUGUUUUGUUCUCAAUGACAUAUUUAGAAUUAUGCCUAAAACAUCACGACUCAUGAUAAGUCAAUCCGAUAGUCAAGAAAAUGACAUCAAAGGGAAUGUCGGAUUUAUAGUUGAAUCAAGAGAGGCAGAGUGCGUGAAGACUGGCCAUGUAGCAGUGGAGAAUAAGGCUGGAGUCUUGCAAGUUCCAAAUCCCUCAGCUAAUGGCACAACAUAUGAAAAUUAUGAUGACACCGAGCCACUUGUGCAAGUGACCAAAGAGGAUCUAGAAGGAACUCAUGAUGCUUUUCAUCCUCCACCUCAAACCUCAUAA